CAACUCCCAACAUGCCGGCUGUCCACACCUGGCGCCUCUAAAAAUCAUGAGGGAGCAAUGCAUUCUGGGGAAUGCAGUCCAAAAAGUGGGAUAUAUAGAGAGUGUCUGGGGAGAGAUUCUGAAAGGAAUACACUAUCUUCGCCCUAUGUCGGGUUUUCAAGUUAGGUUGUAAGGGCACGGCCUUGACUUCCUCUAGCCCCGCCCCCUGUAUCAGUUUUGGCGCCAAAUUGUAAAUCGGAUCUUCCGGUUUCAGAGGGGAUGUUGAAGUUUCUUUUUCGAACUGCGGAGAGAUGAAUAGGGGUGAUCCCGCGCAGCCCAGUGGUCUCGAUGGACUCGUAGAGUCGGAUUUACAAGUAUCAAAGCCAAAUGACCGUUUGGGUAGAUUACGGGAUAUUGAACGUCAGUUUGCACGAAGGUAUUGUUGUGAAGCAACCCAUAAAAAACGUGAAGACUAUUUGGAAUGGCCUGAAUAUUUCAUGGCUGUCGCUUUCCUCUCAGCGCAGAGAAGCAAGGAUCCACAUUCUCAGGUUGGCGCUUGCAUUGUGAAUUCAGAAAACAAGAUUGUUGGAAUUGGGUACAAUGGCAUGCCAAAUGGAUGUAGCGAUGACUCGCUGCCUUGGACAAGAAUAGGAGAUAAUAAACUUGACACAAAGUAUCCCUAUGUGUGUCAUGCUGAACUGAAUGCCAUAAUGAACAAGAACUCUGCUGAUGUGAAAGGCUGCAGCAUGUAUGUUGCCUUGUUUCCUUGUAAUGAAUGUGCGAAGCUCAUCAUCCAGGCAGGUAUAAAAGAAGUUAUUUUUAUGUCUGACAAAUAUCACGACACUCCGGAGAUGACAGCUGCACGGCGCUUGUUUGAUUUAGCUGGAAUUAUGUACAGGAAAUUCAAACCAAAGUGCAAUAAGAUAGUCAUUGAUUUUGAUUCAAUUAACAGCAGACCAAGUCAAAAACCUCUGUGAGUUAUGUCUAAUUAAAUCAGAAGAAGAUUGUGGUUAUCCUUUUCUUAGAAGCUGCUGAUGCCUUUCAUCUUGAAGUUAGGCAUAACUUUUUAAUAGGCAUCUAAAGGAUGUGUCAGGCCUACCAAAUGUUACUUCUAAGCUUUGACUUCCUCUACUGCACUAAACCCUUUCCAGAUGAAAUCUCUAAGUGCAGUCUGGACUUGUCUGUGAACAAUAAAAGAAACCGGCCAGUUUUCUGCCUGAUGAUUAUCUAACAUUUGAUCUGACUUAACCAAAAUAGGAGUUCAUCACCUGUGAAUAUUGACUUUACUUGGACAACUUCGUUAACAUAAACAUAGCUUUUCAAGAAGCAGACUACUGAAGAUGCUGCAUUUCAAGAAACAUUGCAAGACAUUUAUAUAACAGACAAUAUAGUAUGUUGUAUGAAAUCCAUACUAGCAUAUUACACCUUGAUACUUUACCAGAUGUUCAUCUCUUUAAUUGUUUCUCUUGUUGCUGCGUAGUAUAUAAGCAUGAGUUCAAUAAUACUUGAAAAAUGUUUUGCAUUGGAUAUAGUUUUAGAAUAACUUUAAUUCCUUUCCCCCAAGAUAUCUUCCGUAAGUAGAGGAUAAGUGAAUAAAUCAUUAGACUUUCACUUAUGGGACCCUUUUUGGAGCUGAUUUUAAUGUCUAAAAGGAAACUCAUUUAUUGGUCUAAACCUCUGUUAGACAAUCCAGCCCAUUACAAUUCUGGAACCGGCCUCUAAGGUAACUUGAUCAUUACUUUUCCUCUAAGGCAAAUGAGGAGAUACAGUCAGUGUUCAGGUUGUUCGUGCCAAAUGUCAUAAUUAUAGUUUUAGCUCGCUUUUACUUGUUAAAAAUUGGCCCUGUGCCACAACUUUCAGGAACAUUAGCUAAAACUAUCAAAGCUCCUAAUAUUUUCUCUUCAAUUUGGACUGGAAAAGAUAAAUAUACCCUGUUGUUUAUGUUUAGAAAAUAUGUCUAAUCCUUAAGGUAUUCAUGCUUUUAAAAAAUAUUGUGAUGUUUUUGUGGGCUUUUGUAAUCAUUUUGUAUAUUAAGAUACUUUGUAAUUUGGCUUGCUGCCAGUAUUUGAAAAAUCUUAUUAAAAACCUACUUUGUUCAAAUAGACUCAUUAUUACUAUAUUACACUGUGUUCUUGGCUCUAGAGGACUGCUGUUUUCUCAGUCAUAUUCAAGUUUGUUUUGUAUAUUUGUUAUAUAAUUACAUAAUGUAUAGUGAUCAAAAAUAUCUUUGCCCUUGAACUGUCAUGCUGUGGUAGCAGGAGCGUGUGAAAUUUACUUUCUAAUUUUUAGUAUUUUGAAACUGCCUUCCAGCUUAACCAGUUUUGUGUCUGAAAUUUGGAU